AGUUGCUCGGCCGCUCUUGACCACGCUUCCCUGACAGGAGCACUGAGGUCUGUGUUGAGCCAUGGCGAAGUCGAUGUAUCUGCUGUGGGGGUCCGGGUCCUCACCCUGCUGGCGCCUCAUGAUCACCCUGGAGGAGAAGAAACUGCAGGGGUACAAACAAAAACUGCUGUCUUUUGAGAAAGAGGAGCAUAAAUCUAAAGAGGUUUUGGAAAUCAACCCCAGAGGACAGCUUCCUGCCUUCAAACAUGGAGACAUCAUAAUCAAUCAGUCUGUUGGAGCGUGUUUGUACCUGGAGAAUCAGUUCAAGUCUCAGGGCAACAAGCUGAUCCCCGACAGCCCCGCAGAGCAAGCUCUGAUGUACCAACGUAUGAUGGAGGGUCUCACUCUAAAUGAGAAACUAGACUUGGUUGCCUUCUACGACUUCUACGUCCCCGAAGGAGAGCGCCAUGACUCUGCUCUGAAGAGAAACAAGGACAAUCUGGUCACCGAGCUUCAGCUCUGGGAGAGCUACCUGGAGAACGUGGCUGCAGGCCGCUACCUAGCGGGAGGAUUCUCCUUGGCCGAUGUUGUCGUCUUUCCAAGCGUUGCUUACGCCUUCCGUUAUGGGCUGUCUGCAGGACGUUACCCCAAACUGGCCAAAUACUACAGCCUCCUGAAGGACAGACCCAGCAUCAAAGCCGCUUGGCCCCCAAAGUGGUUUCAAAUCGAACAAAGAGCUGAAAGCCUGAAGGACAUCUGAACAACGAAAACACUGUCUUCAUCUUUUCUCAACGUACUGCUUUUUUUGAAAUUACGAACUUAAUGCAGCAUGAUUACUAUACCUUGUUCAUUCAGUCGUCACACGUUUUCUCUACUUGUGGAUAAUGUAUCAGGUCAGAUGUGCCGUUUGGGUUUUGAACUCAGACGAUCAAAAAAAUCAGAAUAAUCACAGUUCAUUCACUAAUAACUAAGUAUGCUUUGUCACUCAAUAAAGUCUCUUCAAAACUG